GAGAGGUUUCCUCAGAGCUCGUAACAACAAGCCUGGAAUGGCUCAACCGACGACUUCCAAGUUUGUCUUGAUUCUGGAAUCGUUGUAUCUAAGUUCUCUCAUCGGACAUGCAUUAGCACAGUCGCCAUCGACUCCCUCGAGGACUUCUAAAGUGCCCAUAAAUCCUUGUGAAUUCCAAGACCCCGACUACGCGUUCGGAAUGACUGCUUGUGCUUGGAGAGAGCUUCCGCAAUCGAUGACGUCCCGUUUUAAUAAUCGCUUCAAGGAACUGGUCGGACUCGACGACGACGGAGUAUUCAAUUUGUUGUGUAAAUCGAUCGACUAUCAAGGAGAUGUUCUCGUUGAGGCUUUCGCUCGUGAAUACGCAGAGGAGAAGGAGCAGAACUUGUUUCUGGAGACGGUCCUCAAGUGUCACGACGAAGUCCUGGCCAACGGGAACAUUCAAGCCUCCGCACAGGUCAAGUCCGGCGGGAAAAAACCCCAAUCAGCCUCCAGAUCACCGACAAAGAGAAGGCCGACGACGGACAGCUAG